GGCCAACUGUUUCGUACAAUAUACAGAACCAAAGGAAUCAAGCUCAUCGUCUAUCCACCUAUCGGAGAACAAUAAUUACAAUCGAAAAUGUCAUCACUUGCGGCUGCUAGGGCUGACAAUUUCUACUACCCUCCAGAAUGGGACCCAAAAAAGGGUGGUCUGAACAAGUUUCAUGGGCAGCAUGCCUUGAGGGAGAGAGCAAAAAAGAUAGAUCAGGGUAUUUUAAUCAUAAGGUUUGAAAUGCCUUACAAUAUCUGGUGUGGUGGUUGCAAUUCUAUGAUUGCAAAGGGGGUAAGGUUUAAUGCAGAGAAAAAGCAAGUGGGAAAUUAUUACUCUACAAAGAUAUGGAGCUUCACAAUGAAAGCGGCAUGCUGCAAGCAUGAAAUUGUCAUUCAAACGGACCCAAAGAACUGCGAGUAUCUGGUAAUUAGUGGGGCUCAAAAGAAGGUUGAAGAGUUUGACACCGAAGAUGCAGAAACCAUGGCACUCCCAGUUGAUGAAGAGAAAAGCAAGCUAUCAGAUCCUUUCUACCGCCUUGAACACCAAGGAGAGGAUUUAAGGAAGAAGAAGGAAGCGGAGCCAUUGCUGGUGCGACUUCAACGAGUGUCCGAUGCGAGACAUUUGGACGAUUACUCCUUAAACAAGUCUCUUCGUGCCAAACUUAGAAGUCAAAAGAAACGGGUUGCUGAGGAAGAGGUGACUGCAAGAAAGAUGGGACUCGGGAUAAGACUACUUCCGGCAUCCGAAGAAGAUACGGCAGCCGCUAAACGUGUGAAGUUUUCUUCAAAAUUCAACAAAAACAGGGAUGAAAAACGAGCAUUAAUCAAAUCUACGUCCAUUUUCUCGGGAUCUUCUCCAUCCAGUUCGAAAAGGUUGGAGCUUCAGUCAAAACGGAGAAGAAUAAAUGCAGCAACAGCAUCCGAUCUGCUCGUGGGUGGGUUUAAGCCAUCAUCAUGGACACGAGUUACUGGAUCUUCGGUUCUUCCUAAAAGGUCGUAAAGUUGAGGUGUGGGUGUGUUUGAAUUCGUAUCUUUUGUGCUUGAAUUUAAGGUCACCAAAAUGAUGCAUGGUUGUUUACUUUAACGGUAUCAAACAAAUAAUAUUGUAGAAGUUAAUGAAAUAUCGGGUUGUAUA